UAUCAUCCUAUUAUUACCUGGUAUCUCAGUAGGUCAGGAUCAGGAAAUUAGACAAAAAUUUAUAGUCAAAACAUAGGUAAUCCUUAUAUUGAUGUUAAAGCCUAGAAAUGAAUUUAAAGUAGAUUUUAGUUAACUUUCUGAGGAAGUCAACAUAACAAUGAAGUGUCACGUUCCGGGACCUAAUGUUAAAGUUUUAGCAAGAACAGUACAUACCUUAGCUCGAUUUGGAGAUGAAUUAUACCUGGAGUCAUUACCCGACUGUAUAUUAUUGAGAACAUUGAAUGCAGCCGAAUCCGCCUAUGCGAUGAUUAAAUUUAACAAAAACUUCUUUUCUUAUUUUAACUACAAUUAUUACUCGACUGAAGAUAACGAAGGUCUGAAAUGCAAAAUAUCGAUGAAGUCUGCUUUAAACGCCUUUAAAUCUCCAGCUCACAUUGAUAAACAGGUAGAAAGUUUGGAAAUGAAAUUAGAUCUAGAAUCUUGCAAGUUAAUAUUUUGUUUGAAAUGCAAGCAUGGUAUAGUUAAGACACAUUUUGUAUCAAUAUUAGACUGUAAAGCGAUGCAGGCUGUGUACACUAAAGAUACAGUACCAAACAGAAUUACUUCACCUCAAAGAAUACUAAACGAAACACUGAACAGCUUCCAAACCUCUGAUGACCAAGUGACACUAGAGGCCACAACUAAGUCACUGGUAAUAAAAAAUUAUAUUGAUAGUAAUAUGGAUCUGACAAAAAUAAUUCGAACACAUGUAAGCUUAGAUCCUGCUGAAUUUGACAACUACAUCAUAGGAGAGGAAACCACUAUAACAUUUACAUUAAAAGAAUUCAGAGCCCUACUUGCGUUUGCUGAAGCAUUAAAUUUGCCGUUGCAACUGCAUUUUGAGACUACAGGUCGUCCAGCUGUAUUCAUAGUCCAUAAUGGAACUACUUUUGAAGCACAUUUUGUGUUAGCAACAUCUAAACCAGACAAUGCAACACAAGCAACAUCAACACAGAGCACUACGACAAAGGAAAGAAAUAAAAGAAAAGAUACAUGUAAUACUCAAGGCUCAGUAAAAAAGAAACGGCAUAUAGAUGUUGAAUUUUCUAAGUGCUUAGAAGAAGACUCUCAUCUAUUUAAUUUUGUUGAUAUCCCUGAUGAUAUAAAUCUUAAAGCUAGUAAUAAUUUAGAUAAUGUUAAAGAACAAAUAGACUUUGAUAAUGUUAUUCCAGCAUCUCCAACUUCAAGGACUAAGAUAAAAUCAGUAUUUAAGAGAUGUUUUGAAAGUACUUUUGAUCCAAAAAGUAUUCAAGGUGUCAUUUUAGCGGAAAAUUCAGACAGUGAAUAAAAAAAUAAUGUUUUUAAA